UCUUUUGUUAUGCAUUCGACAUUCGUUUUAAAUUUCUAAAUUUAGCUCUUACUUGAACCACUAAGUUCAGUAAGAGUAAACAGUUUUAAUCAUGCGUAUUUUUUCUGCGGAUGUGUAGGCAAGGCCGUGCUAUCCUUGUCUAAUCUAAAUUCGAUACGUUUCUGGUAAUCGGCUGAUAACGCGUAAUGGUCUGAUUGAAGUAACAUGCAUUGAAAGCCUGAAAACGUAAUAUCACCUGUUUUAGACGGGUACUUUCUUCGUAACGACAUAUAGUCCUUGCUCAAAAGGAGACCUACUGAUUACAGCCGUAUCUUAGGCAACUGAACAGAGACAACGAACGGAAGUACAAAUACAGUCAUUACGUUUGUUAUAAUGUCAGCGUUACCCGUUAUAGGCUAUGUGUAUCUGUCGGCGAAGCACGUAUGUUUACUAGAAAGUUCGUGUUAGUAUGGGUUGAAGCGUCUAUGAAAACAAAAAUCUCUGAUUGAACCAAUUGAUACGGGCAGAAGAUCACGCCAAAUAAAGCUCCCAAGGACAAUUAGAUUUCGUUUCAGCAUUCGACAACGAAUCUGGUAUAUCCGACAAGAACACUUCUAAAUAUUGCAACUAGUCGUGGUGUUUUCGGAAUGUAUUUAUUUUUCUAUAAAAGACAAAACAACGCUCCUAGAAGCUAGACAAAUCGGAUAACACGUUGGACUCGCAAAUGGGCCUCUAGCUAUACGAGCUGCAGAUUCCAAGUCGAAUGCCAAAGCAAGUCUUCCGACGAUAAACCUUGUCAAAACGGGCAUGUGCCUGCCUCUGUGUUGAAGACUAGAAUUCUCUGACGCGUUUCUGUCCAAUAUAACGAUAGUCGAACUGAACGGAAUAAAAAUGCAGUUGGAAAAAUCGUUUGGCUAUAAUAUGAUGAGAGCGUCUGGCAACGCUGGCAAACCGCUGGUUCUCGGCUAAGCACAUACGAGGCGAACGGUAAUAAACGAGAACGUUAUCGAUCAUUUAAGACACUGCGACUUUUUCACAUGAUCGAAUUUAGCACCCACUCUAAACAACAAUGGUCGUGACGUGUUUGCCAACGUAACGUAUGGCACGUAAUGUCAAAGUCAGAGUCACUGAAGCAGAAAUGCUACAACACCAGCUUUACCUAACUUGUACCGCGAUACGCUCGCAUCUGCGAAACUAUGCAUAUAAUUAGAACACUGAUGUAGUUGGCUUUCAUUCUUAAGAUAGCGGAAUAAAAGGAAUAAAGAGGUACAUCUGCAACUUUAUUAUUAUGUAUGCGUCGUUCUGUGAUUUCAACUUUUCCUCAAAAGAUUCGUUAUAAAGAGGUUUUAUUCGACAGCGUUCAAAGUUGUUUACAAAGCAUUUCGAUUAUAUACCUGUAUCGUUCAGCAAGUUAGCCAUCGUAAAAGUGUGCCUUGUACAGUGAGCGUGUAAUGCGGUCGUACCAAUGGCUCUUAUUGCAUGAUGGCGGCGGCUAUCUAUUUUUAAGCAAUACUACGAUAUUGUUGUACGCUUAACUCUACUUGCAGACUAUUUGCAUGUGAUACAAUUAUCAAUGCUAGCGGCCAUGUUUUGUUCCAGCAGCGAAUCGACCACAGCUUUAGUUCAAGAUUUAAACCAUUUACGUUUGAAAGUAGUCCUUCUGUGCGUACGCUCGCUUAAGUGUCGCUCAAAUACGUUACGUACAAAAUAUCAAUGAUGCUUAAACAAUGGCUCAUUAAUAGCAGGCCAAAAAUUCGCAAAAUCCUAGAGCUCAAAACUGUCGUUAAGUUCAGAACUUGGAGAUUUGGUCGACGCAAUUGCCAAUUAAUAUUCUCCUUUCUAAAACUGCUAUUAAUUUUUGUGUAAAAAAAAAACUAAGUGUACAAAAAAUGGCUUUUUGAGUUAUUUUGGUUCAAGUCCCAAAAUCGAAACCCGACUGAGGAUCUUUUGAUGUGCCUCAUUAACGUCUGUUUACCUGGUUGGAAAUACCACAGAACGUUGAUUUCAGGCAAAAACUCUUUUACUGGAAAUUCGCUCAGCGCGGAAAGAUUAUGUCAUAACUGCUCUUCACUGAGCUUCUAAAGACGACGCGCUGUUGCUCCAGAAGAAACUGUUUACACCAAAAGUGGUGGAAGAGUGCAUGUUUGUUGCCGCAAGUAGCUGAUAUACGUGUAUAGCCAGCGCGAAUUAUGCACUGCCUUGAAGUAUGUUCAUUUUUGAGGUCUGGUUUUCUACAAUACAGUUUUAUAGAUCUAGAAGGCAGCUUUCGUCACUCGAAAUUCUGACCAUCCUGACCAGCCUGUACCGGCAACGUGCACUGAGCUGACCACUAAAACAUUAUUUUACUGCGUAAUUUGAAUUUUUCAAUAAAUUCAUUUUUUGAUAAAUAUUCUUACGUUUGCGCACCUCUGCGGUAUAAUCUGGACGUUACACUACACUAGUACAAAGAAUUCUUCCAGUCGAUCCAGGGGCUUUAUCCCAGUAGUCAAAGAAAUCCUUACAUACACUAAGCACUAACAAAACCAAAAAAAAUUAUCUGGGGAUGUCUUCAGUCGUUUCGCUAUUUCGCUUGGUCCUAAACAGGAAUACGCCGUGGACACGGCAAGCGCUAAUGUAGAAAAGACGGAUUUUCCUUUUACUGAAACAACGAUAUCUCUACUGUGCGACUGUUAAAAAGCAUAGAACAAAUGCGGCUAUACGACCGACUGCUGGUUACCGCUAUUGGCUACCGGACCUCAUCCGGGUUCAGCUUCACAUCAUUGUUGCAGACGCUCGAGAACCGUGUAACCGUGUAAAAGUGGUUAACCUUUGUCUAAAUAUAAAUGAUAUAUUUUAUACUAUUCAAAUUGGUGUAGAUUUAAUAGUUGCGGAUGAGAGCCAACAAUCGAAUCAAAGGCACUGCAUCUGGGAAUCAAAUGUAGCCCAGACCGGCUUAAGCAGAUCUUAAAUGCGGCAUCAGAUUUUCUAUUGCGCGAAUCGUACAGGUUUGUAAACAUUUGAAUAUAGAUAGCAAUGCAAAUCCGGACAAUUAUAUGUCCAUUUGUAAUGCAUUGUAGUAAGCUUUUCGAGUCGGCUAAAAUGCAGAUGAUCACUGUUUGUCGCAGCGUCUGAGAACGACGAGAACGUAGACGGCAAAGAGACCGUACGUUUUUAUGACAAUGUAUCUGUAUGACAAGUUAGGCAAGGCUUAUGGCAACAAAACCGGCUUGCUAAAUCUUCGAAAUGUAUGUAUAAACUAGACAUCCUCACAUAACAAAUCGAUCAUAUAGCACCUGUGGAGCAUAAGGCUGCGGGCUAGCUAGGGUGAGUUGAUAUGUUUAGACCUGGAUGUGGAUGAACAACUUAAACAGGCUGAGGUAGGCGAUUAUUGUUUGAUACCACCAUAUAGACUGAGGUAUUUGCUAUUGCUAUGUAGGGCGUAAUGAGGUGAAGAGACUACGGGUACGAUUUGUUUAGUACCUUCCAAGCCUUUUAGGCCAAUCGGCAUUUCUGCCCGUUUGGCAUAAAACACGGUACAUGUCUUCGUAGCCUUAAAAAGUUCAGUUGUCGUUGACUCCAAUUCGCAGAGGCCAGUGCACAGACUACGACAGCUUUGGAAACGAUGCUUGUCUCACCUAUUUGUAAAUUAACUUCCCACCAAUAUCAAGACGGUGAUGGGCGAAAACGAGCUGUUAGUUUCACGACGUUAGAAAGAACCACCAUCAGCAAUUUGAAACAACGCUCAACAGCAAUAGUACCGAAGGUGAAUUCGAAUAAUUAAAGCUAAAUAUUAUUAAGUUGUCUGGAAAAUUUGGCUGAACUUUUCGAACUUCUUCACAGGUAGGCUGGUUAAAUAUAUGUGCUAGUGUAUUUAUAAUGACACGAAAACCUUUGUUACUUUAGCCUAAAUAAUGUUCUUUAUUAAGCACAUCAUAAACAGAUUGUGUAGUGUCUGUGUUUAGCAGCAAACAACGAGAAGAUGCAUAACCAUAAUUUGUGUUAAUGUGUCGACAAAGUACCAACUAUAAUGAGAAAUGAGAGAAAAGGUCCGUUGUCCUUAAUUUUUCGUGCGACAUCCGAUGCCUGCCCACAUUUUGCGGAUAUCUGAUGGUUGCUGCUAACUAAAAUCUCAUAAAAUGUACGUACUAGUCAUCAUCAAACGCAGUCAUUGAGGUCUGAAUCCUUGAUACUACUAAUGCCACAGCUACUGUAACCACCAAAACAGGUACUUGCCGGGCCUUACCCAAACGAUCUGCGGCACCAAUCAAAAAGUUUCGAGUGCGACAUGGUGAUGAGCAGACACUAAAGAUAGUUUUAAUCUAUAGUUGAUUUUUUUUCUGUUGAAACGAUUAUGAGCAAUUAAGUGUCAACAUGAGAUCUGGUUACAAUGUUAGCCAUGGCACAAUUCCGAAUUCCCCGAUGACAAAGCUUUAAUGUCACUUCAUCGGGGUAGCAAUCAUCAUCUCGAUCCACAAGGCUCUCGGAUGGGCGAUAUCUGAAUAAACGUUUCGAUAGUUUAUAUCCCGUAGUGUGUUAUGUAAGUUUAAGUUGUUACCACUACAGCAUUACGAGGCGCGAUAUCUGAUGGCCUUAACGGUAUUGCAAUAUUUCAUCCGGCGACUGUAAAAACAACCAACCGCUCGGCAGUUUCGCUUAGGAGUAAGAUUUUUUUUUAGUAAUACCACAACUUUCGAGUGCUCGGUACACUCGACAGUGUCCACAGAUGCUUCUGUUAAAGGUUAAAAUUCGCGAACAGAUCAAAUUGAUUUAGCUAGCGAGUUCAACCCUCGUACAUGUUUUCUUCUGCAGACAUUUAUUUGUUCUUUUAUUGUUUACUUCGUCGUUUGACAAAGCUAUACUUCCCUACGAGAAAAGAUCUGCGAAGAUUACCAGUGGUGUUAUGCUCCGUCGUGAACCGAGACAUCUUGAUACAGCAUCCGGGCCGAUUUUUGUUAGGUAGCCUUUAAGAUUCCUUCAGCUCAAAGUUUCCCUGUACUGAACGAAGGUUGAAUGGGUUUAUUCCACGUGAAGUAUUCGUGGUGAAGAGUGUAUCUUCGUGCACAGAGGAACUGUCUACGUACGAAAUGGCUAAUGAUUCUUGCGGCAGCUAGUUCUUAGAAAAGCAGUCGGAUUUGUCGUCGUGUUGAGUCCUUGCUACCCAACGAAUAGAACAAUCCUAAAUUAUUAGUUAGUAUUUGUUGAUUUCACUUAACGAUGAUAUCAUUCAAGGUACAGUCAAAUAUUUUUCAAUUAAACCACGUUGGCAAUGAAUCGCGUUUCAUUGACAUAACUAUAAAAUAGUGAGCUGGAUACUAUGGAGAUUAUCUUAAAGUACUGCAGAUCCAAGAGUUAGUACGACUUUGUUCUGUCUUGAAUGUUUUUCUGACAAAAAUUCACUUAUUCAUGUAUUUCGCGCGAACGUAUGUCAUAGAAGAAUAAAUAGACCUACUAAAAAAUCUCGAUACAAGAGCAGAGAAUGUUGAUACAGAUUGUGAACUUUUUUUGGGUAGAAUAAAGCGAAGAAAAGACUAGGAUUUGUCACGGUUCCAAAUUGUAAAAGUUGCAGUAGGUCUGUUAAUUAUCAUUUUUAACUUCUGCUAACAAUAUAGAACACUAUUGCUUAAACAUUGUUGUUAAGCGAACUUUGCCAAUUUACGAGUUUAGUAAGUAAUGAGAAUUAAAGCAAUGUAACAGAUCUUAAGAGCAAUUUUGAACAAUAAUCUGUUUUUAAAUAUCCACUAAUCGUUUACCGAUCUUGUGCAAAAAGUUGCAAAUACUAAGUCAGAUUUUCCGUCGCUACGAAAUCCAGUGCGCGCAUCUCACGAUUGUAAUCGGAAGAGACUCCAGAACGGUUAGACAUGACCGGAAGUUCAGACAAGCUCCACACAUCCGGUGAUAGACCAAGUGAAAAGCGAAAUUUUCCUUUGUGUCCUCUCCUAUUAUAUCUCAUCAACCGGAAACCCAUGUAGAUAGUGAGUUUCGGCAAAAGCCACUGAAAAUAGCCGCUAUUUUCUGUGGUUAACGAUGAAUUCGGCCGUAGCGGCAAUGACCCCCUUGCAUGGGUGAAGGUGAAACUUUCGCAGAGUGUUUGCCCGUAAACAUUGUUUGAUAGACGAAGAUGCGGAAUCAUUUGACGCGGAAAGCGUAUACAGUGAUCGUGACGAUACGGUAGGAUCCCUGACCGUCUGAAGGUUAAGGAUAACCUUCAUGACUAUAAUAUCCUUAAUAUUUCAAUGGAUAACAUGAAACAGAGCAAGUGCGUUACAAGAUCAUCUGAUUAGAAAGACUUGAUUUAUUUGUAUUGUUGCUGACUGGUCUUAGAAGAUUUCGAUACCUGAACAUACGUUAAUUUCCAGCCACAAGAGGGAUCGGGGCUGUUCAGGUUGUUAUUAAGGUAAUUUAAAUGCGCUGGAUGUAGUGUUAAUUGCCGUUCCAGAUCAUUAGUCAACGGAUGCUUGUAGAAUAUUCAAACGUUUUUGCAAAAGGGUGGCGAUCAUUUACUCAAACAAGUGUUGAUAAAAAGGUAACUCGAAGGGCAUGCUAUAACGUAGCGAUCUGAGGCAUAAUUCGAAGAUCGUUUGUUGAUGGUUGAGACCAGAGAGUGGAAAUACGCGUUAUUUAUGCGGUUCGCAUCGGAGUGUUAAGCGACAUUAUGGCAGUCUGAGUUGACUCCGCCUAAUAUUGAAGAAGGCUUAGAGUGGAAAUUUGGCAAUCUAACAAAAUUCCAAGGAAGCUUAUAGCUCGAUCUGUGAAUAUCACUUUAACAGCUAAGUUGUCAUUGAGGUACAUGACCAGAAGCAAAUGGACAAUGGUACUACGUAAAAAAGCUACAUUUUAAUCAAAUAUUCAACGUUCAGAUAUUAUUCAAACGAGAAAUACGUUACUGGGCUGGUAAAACUUACGAGUUACAUUAUCCAGUAUAGUAGUUAACGGACCUUCUAAGCUACAUGAUUCAAAACAUUCAACGUUCACUCUCGGCUUAAAUAUGAAUGGUCCAAGUGUUUCGUACCCGUGUAUUUAAUGGCUAACUCCUAACUUAGAUACAAGUUGCGCCUAGUCGAUUUUGUGAUUUAGUUGUUAUUUUCGUAACUGAGAAUUUAUGAUGAACUUAUCACGGAACUUGUCACUAGCAAGUUUUUUGGUAUACACGCUCGAAAAAUUUGUUUCGGGCGGCUUAUCCCAGUCUCCUCAUUUAGGACAAAAAAAAAUGACUUUGGCAUUAUAGAACUGCUAAGAGAGGGUCUGCAGACGAGCGAUAAGAGCGACUGAAGUCACUGUGAGCUGCUACGAUAUAUAUUUAACUUUCCGUGUGCUACUAAAUAGGAAGUGAGCCCCUGGCCUGAAUCAUUACGUGCUAUCAUCUCUGUGGUCCGCGCCAACAUAGAGCAUACAAAGAGAUCCACCAAUCUAACUCGAACGCUUGUUAUGACUGAGAUCUCAAACAACGAGCCCUGAACCGUGACUGUGUUGUAUGACACGAGAUGACAUGACUGCUAUGCGUACGACAUACAGGCACAAUUCGACUAUUAGGUUCUAUGUGACGAGAAAAUAGGCGAGCUCAGACGCUUCGAGCAGCACCGAGAAUCGUACAGAGGCAGCCUCCAAAAAGCUGUGCGCCAUUCCUCCGCAUCCGAAAUAGCUAGGAACAAAUGUUUGCAAUGUACCUCGCAGACAUUUGCAACGAUGAUCCAAUCGCAGAUUCCCAUCAUUUGUUUCUUAGAGAAUUAAUUUGCGCCGCAAAGGACCACUUUAGAAAUGGAAAUGCGCCAACGAGCAAACGUCCUCGUAUCCGAACAGAGACUACACCCACAAAGGGACAUCUGGUGGCACAGGAAGCUGCGAAAAAAAUGUAAGCUUAUUUCAGAGGAACUAAAGGUUACGAUGGCAAUUGCGGAGAGACAGUGUCAAACGAUAAUGCCUGUCGAAGCCGACAACAGGCAGAUUAAAGCUGACAUUGCUGCGCUCAAGGCAAAUGACAGGUGAAAUCGAUUGCUGACAAAAACCUCUCUCCGUUGACCAUGUCUACCCUUGAACGUAGAAGAGUACUGAGUAUCGCCAACUAUUUUUCAAAAUACCGAGAAGUUCGAUGCCUAUGGAAACAACUUCUAACUUUCAAUUCAUAUUUCAAAUGUCAGGAGAUUAUUCCGUGGUUCGUCGACAAUUAAUGAGCCUCUUCUAAACAUAUAGUAACUCUUUUUAUAAUAUAAUUUACAACUGGCAUCGUGCUGGCAACAAAUCAGCGAUCGAAUUCGUCAACAUUCAAAUAGAACUAAAAUUCUUCCCGGCUUAACCGCAUCAGUCGCCUGAUACUUCAUCCAAUGCGAAGACGCUGACUAGACCGCAAAAUCGACUAACCCACGAAAUUCGGUUUUGAAAGACCCAACCUGUGCGCCAUUUGGGCAACGCGGACAGUUUUCGAGAAAGUGGACGAAGUUCACAUCGAAAUGUUUGUCGACGAACUUACUGCAGCACCGGUAUCGGCUCAAGCGUCUUUGUGGCCCGUUAGACUCAAGGCUAGACUGUAUGCUAAACACGAAGGGAAAUAAUAAAUGCAGUAUUAGUUUGUUGUGCCUGUGGGACAGCAAAGGCGCUAAGAUCUUGUCAAAGAUAUGAUCGCUUUUUUUUCCUACCAUAGUAGUCAGUAGCUAGGCCGCUGUUCAAACUGUUGCAAAAGGCUGUACACCGCUAUGCAUUACCGCCGGCUACAUGCGAAGCUUCUUUACCAAGUCAACUGUCAACAGCGAUCGCAAAAACAUAUUGGAACUAACGAGGAAAAUGCCACUGUAAUAAGGGACUUUACCAUAGAACAUUAUUGCACUUCGUUGCAAAAUCAUUGUUUUCUACCAGAAAUAGCCAUUGGGUAUCUAAAGAUUAGGCUUUGAGUUGUCACAUGAUACGCAGUUAUUUUGGAAUCUUUCAUAACGUGUUCGAAACGUUUAUCCUCAUGAGUUUGAUGACUCACAGUUCUCUAGAACGCUGAAACCAAACGGGAAACGACCAAAGCAAUCAAGUGAAGCACACGCGGGUAUCCGCAAUGAUUUCCACGCGUCGACGGAGGCCAGGAAAGUGUCUUCCUAUAACAGCUCAUUUGCUCACUAAUUGGUUCAAUUUUAGAAUUUAACAAGAUGGCAAAUCGAAAGAUGGCCGUCGCGGGAACGUCAAACGGAACCGCGACCGAAGCGCCAAUACAAAGUUUCUUCUGCGGGAAAUCAGCUCUUGUCACAGGCGCGUCGGGAUUUCUGGGCAAAGUUCUCGUGGAAAAACUGCUGCGAUCAUGUCAUGGUCUUGACAAUAUCUACUGUUUAAUACGUAGCAAAGAUAGCGAGAGUCCUCAACAGAGACUGGAAAAAGUCCUUGAAGCUCCGAUAUUUGAACAGACGCGAAAAUGCGGUAUUCUAAGCAAAGUUGUCGCUAUUGAAGGCGAUAUUCUCGCUGAUGGUUUGGGCCUCAGCGAAGAAAAUAGGAAAACACUAGUUGAAAGAGUCUCCAUCGUAUUUCACUCAGCUGCCUCAGUGCGCUUUGAUGAACCGCUGCGAAAAGCCAUCGACAUUAAUGUACUUGGUACACGUCGGGUACUUGAGCUCUGUCGCGAUCUGAAAUCGUGCGCAGCAUUCGUUCACGUGUCAACAGCGUAUUGCUUCUGCAAUCGAAAUUACGUCGGAGAAGAAGUCUACGAUGAGAAGAUCCAUUAUCAGAAGGUUAUCGAUGCAUCCGAAUGGAUGGAUGAUGAAACCGCAAAGAACUGCCUCUCCGUUAUUAUGGACAACCGACCGUCAACAUAUCACUACACAAAGGCUUUAGCAGAAAGGUUGCUCGUUGAAGAAGGACGGGGAAUACCUAUAGUCAUUUUAAGGCCGUCAAUUGUAACCGCUGCCUGGAGGGAACCACUUGCUGGCUGGGUCGAUAACUUUAACGGGCCCGCCGGCUUCGUUAUAGCAACUGGCAAAGGUGUACUACGUACAAUGUAUAUUCGGCCUGAUAGUGUAGCUGAUGUGUAUCCUGUCGAUCUGGUCACUCGAAUGAUGGUCGCUUCGGCUUGGUAUUGCUCACAGAAGAAAUUCGUAUCACCGUAUGUUAUAAACUGUACCACUGGACCUCUUCAUCAGUUGACCUGGAGACAGAUCUUCGAGUAUUCAAAGCCAAUCGUUUUAGCCAAUCCGUCUAUGGAAAUCUUUCGCUACCCCGGCGGUUCGUUCAAAGAGUCGAAAUUUUGGAACCGUAUCGCAAUGGCACUCGAUCAUUCACUUCCGGCAUUCAUAGCGGACUCGUUCGCGGUUAUGUUCGGACGCAAGCCUAUCUUGGGCGAGGUAUAUGGAAAGAUUCAUCGAGCCAUGCAUAUUCUUGAGUACUUCACGACACACGAAUGGGAGUUCUCGAUCGACAACGUUCACAAUCUACUGGACCACAUAAAACACCCAAAAGAUAGAGAAGACUUUGACUUCGAUAUCAGACCGAUGGAUUGGCUAUCGUUCCUCGAGCAAUACAUAUUGGGCGUACGCAAAUAUGUCCUUAAGGAGGAUCCUUCGACCAUUCCGGCGGCUCGGGCCAAACUCAACAGCAAAGGUGGAAGUAAGUGUCACGACAUUAGCACCUCAAAGCGAAAACCUGUGGGAAGUGAGAAAUACCCGGAAAAACGGGGACCCUCGUGGACGGACCUGACCUCGCAGGCCGCGAAGGGCGAAAAGGCCGAGGGAAGAAUCUGGUGGAUCGGAACUAUUAUGCAAAUGGCUGUUGUGUAUGGCUCGUUUCGACUUCUCAUGCGAUAUUCGAGCAGAUUCAACUUCCUGAUAUGGAACCUUUUCUCAAGGAUAGUCAUGUUUGCCGUCAGAAUCAACGUCGCGGUACAAUCAAGUUUUGGAAAGAGCUAAAAAAACAGGACCAGAUCGCUAAUAAAUGUCGAAGCUUGGCCUUCUCCCUUAUUCUCAGAACAUCAUGAAGCUUUUCAUCAAUCGUGCUGUUAUUAAUUAGUUUCACCCCGACUGUUUUUAAAUACCCCGGGUUUUUCUAUCCGUUGGGAAUUGAAGAAAGACCGUGAUUAACGAAUGAGCGCCCCCUUGUGUCGCAUAUAACUACCCUGUUGCCACGUGACCAUAGCAGAACUUCUGUAGCAACUCGGUAAGCUCCUACGGCACAGGCUACUGUGCAUCUGCAAUUUCAGCAUGUUCGUUCAUUUACACGCUUCAAGAUAGAGUGUACUUACGGAGCGUUCCAUUGAAAACUCUAAAAAUUUUACUUUCACAGUAAUUCAGUGCGAGACAGGAAGUGGUUCUUCGCUCAAGAGCAUCGCACAACUAUUAUUAUUAUUAUUAUGGUCUGAUAGACCUAGCGAUAAUCCAUUGUAUGCUUCCUCUUAGCUUACUCAAUUCUAAAAUAAAAUACACUUGCAAGCGAUAUUUGUAUCAAAUAAAGUAAAUAUUUCCUUCCACGAUAAAGUACACUAAAUAAAAGAAACAGCUAAUAAAACCACAGCAAAAUACGCGAAGAAGAAGUCGGCGGUUGAUGCAGUCAUACGGAUUCGCACUUUAUUUGACACUUCUUUAUGCCUCAAAUAAAAUACGUCUAUUUUAAGGCUGUUCCCGUCGAAAGCCUCGAGUUCUGUGGUUUAGAAGAAACUGCUAAGUGUUGUUUUUCGCGGUAGUCGAAACUUUUGGGCAAUGUUUUAAUGCCCGCAUUUAAAAUGAGUAAUCGACGGUAAUACAUAAUAGGUCGGUAUAAGAAAUGUGGAUGGUUCAGUAGACGCCGCUGUUGGCAAUAUACUAUAAGUAUACAAAAUAAAAGUCUAUUUUGUUGUGACUAUGUUUCCAUUUCACAUUGUUUAAUACUGAGCUAGUUUUGACCAUAAUUUCGUUGCUCAAGGACCGUGAUUGUAAUAGAGGAUGUUUUUCCAAAAAUAAAUAUGCUUUCA